AUGAGGAAGUCGGAGAGUAGCAGAAAGCACGGGAUUGCGCCGCCAUGUGCCGCUUGCAAGCUUCUCAGGCGGAGAUGUGCAGAGGACUGUGUGUUUGCACCUUAUUUUCCGGCGGACGAGCCCCACAAGUUUGCCAGUGUGCAUAAGGUCUUUGGUGCUAGCAAUGUCAACAAGAUGCUUCAGGAGUUGCCCGAACAUCAACGAGGGGAUGCAGUGAGCUCAUUGGUGUACGAAGCCAAUGCCCGAGUGCGGGACCCGGUUUACGGCUGUGUGGGCGCCAUAUCAUCGCUGCAGAACCAAAUCGACACUUUACAAACCCAACUUGCACUUGCACAAGCGGAGAUCGUGCAAAUGCGCAUGCGCCAGUUCUCAUACAAUUCGCCCGACAAUGCCUCUCCCUCGUCUAGGGACGGGCUAUCUUACCGGGCCGGGUCCCACUUCAACAUGGACAUGGACAUGAUGGUCGAUCAAGCCAACUUGGAGGACUCCUUUUGGCACUAA